AUGGCAAGCACCUUAGCAGAACAUGUUUCCUUGGACAAGACCGGUGACCACUACGUCUCCUUACACAUACCCCAGCGCAUGGGGAAUUUGGCACCCAUUGCGUACGGAGGCUAUGCCAUCGCCCUCGGAAUUCAUGCCGCGUGCAAGGUAGCCCCAAACGGAUUCCAUCUGUACUCCGCCAUGGGCCACUUUCUUCGAGCAGUUGGCACUGACGCGAAUCUUAUCUGCACUCCUGUUGAGCUCCGAAGAACGAGGAACUUUGUGACCUACCGCGUUACGGUUGAACAGAAAUCCCAAUCUAUAGCAGAUCUGCGGCUGUGUAUGGAGCUCCUGGCCGAUUUCCAUAAAAACGAGCCGUCUCUCCUCAAUUACUCAGCUCCGCCCACUCGGACGUAUAGUCACUGGCAGAACUGCAUCCCUUGGGAGUCCGUGGCGGACGAGUAUUGGGCUAAAACCGGCACGAUAUCUGAAAAACAGUUGCAAACUUUCAACACGCUAUUCGGACUCUCUCGGAACCUUUACGAAGGCCGCCCAUGCCCAGAAGGAAUUGCGUCUCAAAAUCUGAUGGGAUUGGCUAAAGCUGUCAAAACUAGCCAGGAAGAUUUGCCCCCCACGGCAAAGUCCUCAGCAGACUGGAUCCGGGUGAGACACCCUUUGCGGACGGAAGGGGAGCAGAUGGCCAGUUUAGGGUUCAUUAUGGAUGGAGUGCUUUCCUUCUUGGCUUUGGCGCACAACCACAUGUUUUUUGAUGACGUCGAUGCAUGGUCAAGCCUGGAUUUCGCCCUCAGGGUCUUUUCGCCCUGUCUUCAGUUGGACAAAUGGCACUUGAGGGAGGCUAUCAACCAUCACGCGGGCCACGGCCGCACGUACAGCGAGAGCAAGUUGUGGGAUGAAACGGGCAAUCUAGUUGCUUGCAUGACAGAGCAAUCGAUCUUGCGGGUCCCAAGGGCUGCGAGAAUCACACUUCAAGUUGACGUUUAUGUUUCUCCGGCCAUUCCUGCGACAACAGGCUCUCAGGACCCUACCAAGCAAUGGUGGUUACCCGUCUUCUGCACUCUCGUUCAGGGGCCGACAUCUGCGGUCCUAGUCGACACCCCUAUCUCAAUUAGUCAGGCUGAGGACCUGGCAGAUUGGGUCAAGAAGACUGCACCUGGGAAGAAAUUAGAAUAUAUUUAUACGACCCAUGCGCACGGAGACCACUAUCUUGGCAAUACAAUCCUUUUGAAGCAGUUCCCGAGUGCUACAUGCGUAACCACAUCGGCUGUCGCGAAUGAGAUCAAGGCUACGCUGGCUACAGCAAUCCCAAAAUGGCAUGGAUGGUUCCCCAAUGGACAGAUCGUCACAGAUGACCAGGUUAUUCCCAAAUCUCUGCCGGCAAAUGGGGAAUUUGCUAUCGACGGUUGCAAGCUCCAUGGGGUCGACGUCGUUCACUCCGACACACAUGCCUCAUCUUUCUUGCAUGUACCAGAUUUGGAGCUCGUCGUGGCAGGUGAUAUUGUGUACGGGGAUUGUUUCCAAUUCUUAGCUGAAGCUUCGACCGCAGAGAAGCGCAAGAGUUGGCUCGAUGCGCUCGACCAAAUUGCAGCGUUGAAGCCCUGUAUUGUUGUCCCUGGACAUAAGCGGGCGUCACAGGCGGACGUCCGGGCCCUACUUGAUCGACUCGACCAAGGAGUGGAGAAAUUUGUGGAAGAAGAAUGCAUCCCUGCACAUGCUGUCUUUGAGGCGCAGUUAGGGCAAGGCGCGGCACGAUGGGCCAAGACACCAGCGGUAUUGGAAGAGCUCAAAGUCAAGGCUCGAAAGCUCGGUUUGUGGAAUAUGUUUCUUGGCCAUGACCACGGGGCAGGAUUUAGUAAUCUAGAAUAUGGACUGAUGGCGGAGUAUUUGGGAAAGAGCCACAUUGCUUCUGUGCGAUCACCUCUGAAGAAGUGCAUGCAGGCAACUAACAACUCGGCCCCGGACACCGGAAAUAUGGAAGUCCUGGCAAAGUACGGCACGGAAGCUCAAAAGCAGAGAUGGCUGGCACCCUUAAUGGAGGGUAAAAUUCGAUCCGCAUUCUUGAUGACCGAGCCCGAUAUUGCCUCCAGCGAUGCGCGAAAUAUCCAAACUGAGAUACGUCGGGAUGGGGCUGACUAUGUUCUCAAUGGGUCGAAAUGGUGGUCAUCUGGUGCUGGCGAUCCGAGCUGCGAACUGUACAUCGUCAUGGCUAGAACUGCCAACCCAGCUCCCGAAGAUCCCUACGGCCAGCAUUCGGUAAUCUUGGUACCUAAAAAUACCCCUGGUAUCACGGUCCAUCGUAUGCUAUCUGUGUAUGGAUACGAUGACGCGCCACACGGACAUGGCCACAUUACCCUUCAGGAUGUCCGUGUCCCAGCGGCGAAUAUCGUCCUCGGGGAAGGACGCGGGUUUGAAAUUAUUCAGGGCCGCCUCGGCCCCGGCCGGAUCCAUCAUGCGAUGCGCACAGUCGGUGCAGCUGAGCGCGCUUUGGAAUGGAUGAUUGAGCGAGUGAACGAUGAGAGAAGGAAAACCUUUGGGCAGCCGUUGGCUGCACAUGGGACAAUGCUCGAGUGGAUCGCCAAGUCGCGAAUCGAAAUUGACGCCGCGAGAAUGACAGUGCUAAAUGCCGCUCUGAAGAUUGACCAAGAAGGCGCCAAGGCGGCGCUCAGGGAAAUUGCCAUCGCCAAGGUUCUCGUGCCCCAGAUGGCUUUGCAGGUCAUUGACCGGGCCGUUCAAACCUAUGGCGCUGCUGGCCUUUGCCAGGGUACACCCCUGCCAAGUCUUUGGGCAUCCGCAAGGACUGUUCGCAUCGUUGAUGGACCCGAUGAGGUUCAUUUGCAACAAUUGGGCAGGAGAGAAAUCCAGCGGCUUGGUAAAGCAGUGCAGGAGAAACUCUAUCUGCAGAAGGUUAUGGCGGACAAAAUGUUGACAAUGAGCGGCUUUUCUUCAUCUGCGGGACUGCUUGGACCAGGGCCACUAAAAUCUAGUCUGUAG